CUUUGCACAAACAAUUAAGUCAUAAUUCACACUUAAGCUCCUCAUUCCGUUUUCUUCUUCUUAUCUUUUAUCGUUCUAUUCACUCACUAAAGCAAAGAAAAAAUCCGAGAGAUGGAUCAAAUGAAACCGGAGUUACUGAAGAAAUUGACGAAGUUUAUAAUAGUUUCCAUAUGGGUUUUAGCUCUUUUAACCACUCACAAAUUCGAUUUAUCCAGAUUCACAAUUCAACUCAUUACACACGCAGUAGAUAAGAAGUACAUGUUUCUCCUCUGCAAUGGUCUCUUAGUGCUUGUCGCUAAGUACCCUGGUUUGAUCGCUUCGUCAAAACCAUUAGAGGAAAUAAGUAAGACCAAUAACACCUUUGUUUACCGAGAUUUUGAUAGUUACAAUGCGAUAUUGGAGCUAGAGGAUUGCUCUGUUCAUGGAGGAGGAACAGAGUCCUUUCUUGCAGAGGAAGUUAGUACAAAAGAUCAAGAAAUCGAAGAAGUAGAGAAAGAAGAAGAAGAAGAAGAAUAUGAUGAGCCAUUAACAAAUAAUGGCGAUCUAGAAGAAGACUGUGAUAUUCCUGGCGGAUCUAGAGAAGAUGAAGAUAAUCUGGGAGUGGUAACCGAGGAAGAGAUGAACAAGAAAUUCGAUGAGUUCAUUAGAAAGAUGAAGGAAGAGCUUAGAAUCGAAGCUAAACGGCAUUUAGUUCUUGUUUGAUUUCUGAUGAGUUAGUUUUGUUUUAAGUUUAAGCGCACGUAGUAAGCUCACAUAUAGAGCGAGUUUUCUAGCCUCUUCUUAGUAUCAUUUCUACUUUGAGCAUCUCUUUUUAAUGGAAGCUUCCUCUCUUUUUCUUUUUAAUCUCUAU